AUGAAAGACAAGGAAAACUGGGUGAACAUGUAUGUUUACAAACAUGCCCAUUUUGGCAAUCGCAUAUCAAACAGUGCAGAAAGUACCCAUGCUUCUCUCAAGCAUUCUCUUGGUACUUCCUUGGGUAAACUGAAGACAGUUACCCUUAAAGUAAAAAAGUGGUAUGACAAGUUGGUUGCAGAUCGCAAGCAUUGGCUAAUGGUGGAAAGCCUUGGAGAAGGAACAAAAAUUGUGUUCAAUAAAGUCAAUGCCGCCAGACUAAAUGACAUCCGUCUUAAAGUCUACCAUUUAACUAUCCAAAAUGCAACCCCAGUACUCCCAAACACCAACAAUAUCAAACCAAUAACCCCAGAAUUCAACUAUGUUCUUGAGCUUAUUUGCAAAUAUUUUGCCAAUGCUCAGAGCAAACAAGAACAAAUCAAUAUAUACCAAUUGAUAGAAAAAACUUUGAAACAAAUCGAUGCACAGAAACUCAAAAACCUUAAGGGCCCAACAGUAGUUGAAGCCAUUAAAGGCCGAUCAAAAAAUACCAAGCGCAAGAUGAUUGCAUUAGAGCAUUGCAUCAAUACUGAAAAAGAAAAAAUCAUAAAAAAAAUUAAAACAGAAAAAGAACAAAAAAACAGAUGGAAACUGUGGGUACAGGGCGAUAGCAAUGGAAGUGUACCAGGACCAGGAGGAGUGAUCAAAAAGCAUGGCAAUAUGUCUGCAUCCAAUAACCCACUAAUUCGCAGUCUCCAAGACAAGCACUCACCUCUCCCCCAGCAAUAUUGGUUCGGUACAAUCAACCAUCCUCAACUUGUAGCCGAUACAUUUAGCAGAGCAGUGACUUUCUUUAAUUUGCUGGCUUUUGCAUGUCUUAUCAGUGUCCAAUUUGUUGUUUAUCAGUUAUCUAUUCCUCCUUUGAGCUAUGUUAUGACGUCAACAUAUAUAUCUGAAGUUGCAAAACAAUAUUUGAUUGCACAGGGUGCCUUAUAUCUAAGAAAUCAUAUUAUUUUUACUUGUUCUAGUGGCAGUUCUAUAGACUAUAUAUUUGAAAAAGACAGAGGCUACAGUUACAGAUGCAGUGGAUUAAACAGUAUAGGAGCAACAUGUUGCAAAAAAGAAAUAAAAUCUAAAAGAUUGGAUUCUUUCUUUGCACAAAGACAUCUUUCCUAUGAUAUUGUUAUACAAGGAAUAUAUUACUGGUUAAAUCGGAUUCCUAGAAUGACAAUGGGAGAAGUAUUGAUGCCAAUAGUCAAUCUAUUAUUGUUGAAAUUGAUGAAAGCAAAUUUAGAAAGAGGAAAUAUCACUGAGGACAUUGAGUAG